AUGUCUGUGACCUCACACUUGAUCCAAACACAGUAAACACUCAACUCAUUCUGUCUGAGGGGAACAGGAAGGUGACACAUGUGGAAGAGCAUCAAUCAUAUCCGGAUCAUCCAGAGAGAUUUGAUGUGUGUUAUUCUCAGGUUCUGUGUAGAGAGAGUCUGACUGGACGCUGUUACUGGGAGACUCAAUGGAGUGGAGAUGGUGCUGAUAUAUCAGUGUCGUAUAAAGGAAUCAGCAGGAAAGGAGAGAGUCGUGACUGUUUGUUUGGACUGAAUGAAAACUCCUGGAGUCUGAACUGCUCUGAUGGCAAAUUCACUGUCUGGUACAAUGAUAACAUCACUGACAUCCGUCCUCCUUCACCUCUCUCUAACAGAGUAGGAGUGUAUUUGGACUGUCCGGCCGGCACUCUGUCCUUCUACAGUGUCUCUGACACACACACACUCACACACUUACACACACUCAACGCCACAUUCACUCAACCGCUCUAUGCUGGAUUUGCAGUUGAUUAUAACUCCUCAGUGUCUCUGUGUUAG